GUGCCAGUGAACCCGUCUCUCUUCCUGAUAAAGUACGAUGGUUUCGACUGUGUUUAUGGUCUGGAGCUCCAUAAAGACGAGAGGGUUCAGGGCCUGGAGGUGCUCCCCGACAGACAGGCUAAGCCCCGUGCCUCAGACGGCAGCCUGGCGGACACCAUGAUUGGGAGAGCUGUGGAGCACAUGUUCGAGACCGAGGAGGGUCCAAAGGAGGAGUGGAGGGGGAUGGUGCUCGCCCGGGCCCCCAUCAUAACCACCUGGUUCUACAUCACCUACGAGAAGGACCCAGUCCUCUACAUGUACCAGCUGCUGGAGGACUACAAAGAGGGAGACCUCCGCAUCAUGCCUGUGUCCAACGACAGCGCCCCCUCGGAGCAGGAGCCUGGGGAGGUGGAGGAGAGCCUGGUGGGGAAACAGGUGGAGUACGCCAGGGAGGACGGAGGCAAGCGGACCGGCAUGGUAAUCCACCAGGUGGAGGCCAAGCCCUCCGUCUACUUCAUCAAGUUUGAUGACGACUUCCUUAUCUACGUUUACGACCUGCUCAAAACUUCGUAAGACUUUGCAGGCAUCUCGUCAUUUUAAUUCCAAAAAGGAUGAAGUGUGAGGAGCCGAGCUUCAUUCCCUGAGGUUCAGAACAGAGGAGAAGCCUUCAGCCUGUUUGAGAUGAAGGCAGGGGAAUAAAGGAGAGUCAAAUAUCUGUCUGCCUGGGGUUUUUCUACAAAGACAGGUAUGAUUGGGAUCAUCUCAACAGCACUGUUUUAAUGAAUGAGAUAGCACGUCUUCACAUGGCGUGGUUCCAUUCCGUCAGUUCAUUUCAGUGUUGCUGUUGGCCCACUGCCUUGUUUCCUUUGAUUUGUAUGUUUUAAAUGUAUGUUAAUAAUGUGUUAUUAUUGAUGGAAACCCUGACAUGGUGUGCUUUGUCUUCUUUUGGCACCGUUCUUUCUCAGGUAAUAUCUCAGAGGUAUUUUGUCAAUGAGCACUUCAGUUACAUGCAGCGGUUAAGGGUGGAAUCAUCUGGUUAAGAACUGUACAGCCAGAGAGUUUGCAAUUGUAAAAUAUAUAUCUCAGUAUCAUUUUCAAAUUAUUUUAAUGUAAGGGAUCCUUAAAAAAUGGCUAUGAGGUCCAUAUUGUAUUUAUUAAUAUUUGCAAUGGAUAAUAUUAUAAAACAACAAAUCGUCUUUGAUAACCCAGCAUCAAGCCUGCUCUAAAUAAAUGCAUUAAAUUAUUGAUUCAACAUUCCACAAGGCCGUGCUUUAAUACUGACUAAAGAAGCAGUUCAACACUGAAAUUAGAAGACUGCUAUCAUUCUCUUUGUUUAAAUUAAACUCCACCAGAAUGAACACAUCAAUGUUUGUUUACAGUUCCUUUGGAGUACGACGGAGUUAUAUUGGCCUAAAUUUGAUAAAUGUCCUCAAGUGAUGUCACUCCAGUCAGAGAAACUUGCGGUACACUUCCCACAAAACUCUAAAUUGUACAAUUUAGUUUCUGCACGAUAAAAGAAACAGAGUGAGUUUAUCAAUUAUAAUACAGUCUCUUGAAAGGAUCUAUUAAAAAUAUAUUAUAUAUUGUUUUCUACUAGCUACACAUGACACAGUUCUGUGGGAUCCUUCCACAGACUGCUCAACACCUGGCCAUCAGCAGUCGUGGUCUGAGGUGGUGCGCAGGAGCUUAUUGAAUGGGGUUACUUCACCGCCUCGCCUUCAGAACCGCUUCACGACCCAUGAUCCCGCCCAUCCAGCUGAUGCUCCCGCAGCACUGGACUCAGACUCGUGAAUUCUCGCGUACGAUGACUUGGACUCUGCCCAUUCACUUUGAAUGGGGUGACGUCACGCUU